GCUUCCAUGCGGAGAGAGGCCUAGCUGGUUGUUGUGGCGGUGAUCCGGAGCCGGCCUUCGCCUGACCUGUGUCACCUGUGGGAGAACGCUUGGUUUUGGUCGUUCGCUCGACGGAGGCAGAGACGGAGACGUCAUGGCAACGGAUUUUGUGAACGAGCUGGAGAGUCGCUUCUUCCCCGAAAACCUGCUGAGCAGUGAGGCCUGGGAUGCCUGCCUGUAUGACUGUGAAACAAUGGAGGAGAUGGAUGAUCCUACUGAUCUCUUUCACUGCUUUGAUAACAUCACUGAGUUCAACGCAGAUUUGGAUUUGAAUUUGAAUAUGGACAUUGAAACAUCAGACUUACCUUGGAGUCAAAUCAAUGGAGACAUUUAUUCAGACCUGCGAGUGAAGUUGGAACCACUUUCACCGGCAUCUUCCCGCUGCUCAGAUUCUUCUCUUGCUUCCUCAUGUGACAUUCCCCUUUUAUCUCAGCCUCAUCAGGACGUAAACACGGAGCCAACUCUUCCAGUCAUGAAGACUGAGGAUCCGCCAACACCACCCAGUGUAUUUGGGGAUGUUCUCAACCCACCACUGAACAUUGUCCAGCUCAGCAUGGUGAAAAAGGAAAAUGGGACCUCGCCGGUGAAACAUGGAUCAGCAAUUCAACCCGCCACAAAUGUGAAAGCGAACAGCAUCUUGUGCAACAAGCAGAACAUCCAGCCUCAACCAGUCGUCGCGACAACGCUAUCCACUGCUCCGGCCGCCAGCCCAGCAAAGACCAUCAUGCUUCAGUCGGUACAGACUAGUUUGCCAGUGUCUCAGCAACAGAGUCUACCAUUAAAGCAAACCAUUCCAGUGUCAAGGCAGUCAGUGGUUCUGGCCCAGUCAGACCUGGUGAGAAUUCCUGUCCAGGGACUGAUCAAAGUACCAGCAGUGACUGGGGUCGCCAGCAACUGUAAGCCAGCCAGUGGCAUCUGCAACAAGAUCGCUAUCAACAAAUCUGCCAACAAACCAAUCGUGCCCGCACCAACACAGACGGACAAUAACACUUCAGAGAUCGACAUCAAACUGCUAAAGCGGCAGCAGCGAAUGAUCAAGAAUCGGGAGUCGGCCUGCCAGUCCCGUAAAAAGAAGAAAGAAUACCUCCAGGGUCUGGAGAGCAAAUUGCGCGAGGCACUCAGUGAGAAUGAGAAGCUGAAAAGGGAGAACUCGCUGCUGAAAAAGAAACUAGACAGCAUCAUGUCCGAGAACACCGAAUUGAAGCUAGGCUCGGGCAAUCGUAAAGCAGUGUGUGUGAUGGUCUUUCUGCUCUUCAUCACAUUCACUUUUGGACCUGCCAGUAUAACAGAGAAGAAGCCAGAUCUCUUCCAGAAGACAGAAGACAGCAUGUACAUCAAGAGGCACCUACUGGCUUUCAAAGAGGAGCCAGGUACAGAGAGCGAGACAGAGGAAGCGACAAAAGAUUACGCUCAGAGGGAGAAAUUCAGCAACAUCACUAUGGCUUACUCCGACGUAAAAGACCUGGUGCUUCGUGACAUUGAUCGGAUCCUCUUCCCUUCCUCGGAUUGCCGUCAGUUCAACAAGACCGAAUCGCUCAGACUUGCCGAUGAACUGCGUGGCUGGGUACACCGGCAUCAAAUUGAAAGGACGAAGUCCAAUGAGAAACCAAAGCGUCAAAAGAAAUUUAAACAAAGCAUGAGGACUCAGCAGAGGAAGAUCAAUCUAUCCCGGUUUAUUCCAGUUCAGUCUGCCGAGACUUCCACCAGGUUGACAUCCAGUCAGUUGCAGGUUUAUCAGAGCCCUGAGCAGAGUUACAAUGACUUCAUGGAUGCUAUUGAUAGGAGGGAAGACACCUUCUACGUCGUUUCGUUCCGAAGGGAUCACCUGCUGUUACCAGCCAUCAGUCACAACAAGACCAACAGGCCAAAGAUGUCCCUUGUGAUGCCAGCCAUGGCAGUGAAUGAGAGUUUGCACAACACCACUCGGGGUUAUGAAGUCAUGAUGCAGAUCGAUUGCGAGGUGAUGGACACCAGGAUUAUCCAGAUCAAGAGCUCGUCGGUGCCUCCUUCCCUCCGGCAGCCUCAGCAGAAUGGCACGGGUUCCUAUCAUCCCCACAGCAAUGCCAGCAGGGCACCCAGUCCCAGGAGGCUACGGCCCCAACCCCUUCCUGUCUCUGCAUCAAGCACAAAGGACCCACUGUACCUCACGACAGAAGACGGUGAAGUGUAGUUCUGGUGCUUCCUAGCUCUGUGCCCUGUUUUAUAGCUCCACCCACCAGGAAGGAUAAAGAAUCAUUGAAGGAUUGGAGACAUUCAUCAUCUGUUGUGGUUCCCAACCUCCUCCUCCCCUCCACAAACUUCUCCUGUGAUGACUUGAUGAUUCUGCUUUAAGGUUACAAAUGAAACCUGGUACCCGGUGGUGUUGGGGACAUGAAGGAAGAUUCUGAUUGCUUUCAAGCUUCUGUAAAAGGGACAAGGACCAAACUGUGCUGGCCAUCUUCCUGUCUUGGAAAGCUAUAACACGCUACCUACUGCUUUUAAAAUUUCCAGGUCUGUGGCUCCACACGAAUCUUUGGUAAUUGUGAAAACCACAUUCCCAGGAAGUUGUGCAGAUCUGCACUAAUGGCUUAUAAUUCCACUAUCACUACCACUACUGUGAAAUGUUUUUCAGGCCUGUUCUGCACCUAAAAUUUUAAACGUGGGAAUAUGGGCUAGUACUUCACGGUUUUUUAGGGAAGACCAAACUAGCAAUGAUCAUCUGGUCCACCGUGCUGACCUAUUGCAUGCAAAUCUUGUGUGUUUAUCUUUACUCCUUUUGCACUAUGCAAGUUGUUUAUUUCCCUCUUUCUGUUCUGAAUGUGAAGCUGUGUCGCGGUUAUACAGCAUGCAGAUGGUCUGUUCCAGCACAGCUUGCUGUAUAUUCACUGAUGUCCACAAGCUGGAACAUCACUUAUCAGAUUGGACUUUUGCCCCGUAAACUGUGUGUGUGUGUAUAUAGAAAAUAUCCGAAAAACUGUUAUGUAAUCUUGGUUUGGCUAUCACAGAGUUCAGAUUUACACUGUAAUGACUUGGUCGCAAUGAUCUGUUCCUUACUUGAUUCUGUCCAGUUAUCCUGGGAUGGCGACAAACCAUUUCUAAUCUCACCCAAGUGGAAAUCUAUAAUUGACCACUGUUCAUCAUCCCUGAUCUGUUUGCUUUCCAAUGAAAAUGUUCACCAUAGUUGUGUUUCUAGCUCUAUUACCAUGUGUAGUACAGAGUAGGAAUUUCAAUGUUCAGGAAUGUACAUAGUUUGGGUUUCUAUUAUGUUGUCAUUUUGUUAACUGAUAAUUUUGUGAAUGUGUGUGUAUGUCCUUGAGCACUUGUGUCCCACAUGAGGUUCAGCACAAUUUAUAGUUUGAUUUUUGUUUGCCUUCGUAUGUUCUGAAUCAUCAAGCAUUAAUUUUUGCUAUCAUAAAGCAGAGGCCCUUGCUUCAUUUGUGGGAGGUUGUGUGGGCAGUGUGAGGCUUGCUAGCUUCAUUGUAUUUGAAGUGGGGUUGAUGUGAUUUGGAUUUCACAGUUUCACAAAAGAUUCCAAUGAGAAGGAAAUAGGGGGUGGAGCCAAUCUAACGACCAACCAUUUUCUGACUUUUUUUUCUGUUUGUUACGGUGCCCCCACCAGGAGCUGUCUAACUUGUUUACAAUUACACAAAAUAGCAAGUCAGAGGUGGCAAGAAUAUUUCACAUGAUUAGCAACCCCACCACUUCCGGGUGAAGUGCAGAAACCCAUCAACGUGUAACUAAAACUCUGUCUAACCCACCAUCGAUUGUGAAUUUGUUGCUGAGCAAUGACUCACCAUUACGAUGGCAUCCCAAGUUGUUAGCUGACAUGGUCUACAUACACAUCUAAUAUUGGGUUUUUUUGUACAAAAUUAUAUAAUUUAUUAUUUAACUUGGUUUUUUUUUGUGUGGUAUCUUUAAUUCAAUCUCUCAAAGUUUUUCCAUUAGACUUGAAAUAUGCAGAAGCCUUUUGCUAGACUCUCCUCCUCUAUGCUAGAUAUGUCAAUGAAUUGCCUUUAUUGAUAGACUCCUGAAGAGUGCUUAAGUAAAAUCACACAAGCUGGUCAAUGUUUAAGAUUGUUUUGUGAUUGAAAGCAAACAUUUUUUCCCUUUGUAUACAUGGUUUGGGACCCCAGUGUGUAUUGAUAGAUCUUUUGCAGGAAUUGCAUUAAUGACAUAAUGCAGGAGGAAUUAGAUUAGAUUAGAUUAUUUACAGUAUGGAAACAGGCCCUUCGGCCCAACAAGUCCACACCGACCCGCCGAAGCACAACCCACCCAUAUCCCUACAUUUACCCCUUACCUAACACUACGGGCAAUUUAGCAUGGCCAAUUCACCACAUCUUUGGACUGUGGGAGGAAACCGGAGCACCUGGAGGAAACCCACGCAGACACGGGGAGAACGUGCAAACUCCACACAGUCUGUUGCCUGAGUCGGGAAUUGAACCCGGGUCUCAGGCGCUGUGAGGCAGCAGUGCUAACCACUGUGCCACCGUGCCGCCCACAAUAAAGCACGCAUUGCCCCCGAGCGAGGUAGGACUCGAACCUACUAUCUUAUGAUCCGAAGUCAGAUGCGUUAUCCAUUACGCUACUGGCCCGAAGCGAAGCGUGCUCCAGCUCCAACAAUGCUGCUGGUUGAUUUACAGAACAGCAGUGAAAUAUCUUGAAGGCUGGCUCUUUUGGGCCGGGAGCAAGCAGAGGCCUUGAAUACCUCCUCCUUGUUCGGACAUUCAACUAGAUUCCAGCUGAUCUGUACAUUAUUUAGGAAGAAGGAGUUUAUUGCAUUUAUACAGUGCUUUUUUUAAACCUCCAUACCUCCCAAGGCACUCUACCAAACCUCUUUCAUCCCCCCUCAUAUAUAACUGCCAUUGUAAUACAGGAAACACAGCUAAUAUGCAUCCAGCAGACUUCUACAAGCAGCAGUAUUGAGCAAAGAACUGGUUUUGUAUUGGUCAGGCCAUCAAGGCUCAACCUACCCCUGCUGCACUUGCAGCUGUGUUCUGGCAUUUGUUUUGGUUUUGAAAGAACAAAAGAUUUUGCAGUGCGGUGGCUGCUCAGAAUAGUACUGUUAGCCAAGACACUGAGUUCUAGUCUCUGACAUAGGACUCGAACACACAACCUUCUGACUCCAACAAGAGUGAGCAAUGUUAACCCACUCACCUUGGGCUACCUGUCACACACGAAAGUCUAAAAGAACUAAAUAAUACGGCAUUUUGAGGGACAGAUGGCAAAUUUCCAUCGUCCCUACAUCCUGCUUUUACUCCUACCCUUAAGAUGGCACAGCCUUGAUUUGGAUUAAUUUACAUCUAAAAAAUGAUUUGUAAACACCAUAACUUCCUUCGAGAAUCCUUUUCUUUUAGAUAGCGUGCUGCUGUUCCUUUGCUGCUUUCUAUAGAUCUUAUGUAGGAAAAGGACACUUGGUUCUCAAAACUGAUCUGUAUCUUAACUCCUUCUGUUGUGCUCAGUUCCAUACCCCAUAAUAGGACAUGCCCAACAAAGAGUCAUAUCAUUUCCUCUUAGCUUCACCUUGCUCCCAGGCUUUUGGGGGAGGGUGUUUCACAUUGUGUAAACAAGUCUUUCCUAUUUUCAGUGAAUUUUAAGGUUAAAUUGUCUUGCUCUGGAACCAGAGGAACUGGUUUCUCUUUAUCUUUCUUAUGAAUGUGUUUUUGUAAACUCCCAACAAUCAAAUAAUGCCUCAGUCUUUACUCCGGGGAAUACAAGCCUGGUGAAUGUUCUGCUAGUUUAAACCCCGUCAGCCCUAAUUUUGUUCUGGUUAGCUGCACCUUCAAGGUUAAUAUUUCUGGACAAAGCUUCUUGCUGGGAUUAGAUUUGAACAAGCAGAGCUCUUGUUGAAUUGAAGAGUUUUACUUGCACAGUUUUCCAUGGCGCGAUGUAGUGAGAUUUUAUUUUCAUUUGCUAGUGUCUUUUCUGUCCUGCUUCUUGCAGCACUUUGCCAUUUAAAGCUUAGUGAAUGCAAGUUGGAGAGAAUCCCGCCUGCUACCAUGGUACAAAGGUUGUGCAAUUUCUGUCAGUGUAGAGAGUCAUUGCAGCACAGAAGGGAGCUAUUUACUCCCUCAAAUACAUGCCAGUUCUCUAGAGAGUGAUCCACUCAGUGUCACUCCCUUUCUGUCAUCCUAAAUGUUGAUUUUUCUCUUGCAGUCUGAUUUCCCUUUUAAAUUUUCAAUUGCCUCUGCUUCCAUCACCCUUGUGGGCGUUGAAUUCCAGGCUUGAGCCUCAGUGCGAGAAGCCCUGGCCUAAUCCUACACUUCCACCUGAUGAGAAUGGUUAGCUGUUGGCUGGAGAAGAUGGGAUUAUUCUCCUUCCAUCAGAUGACGAGGUAUUUGGUUAUUUUGGGGUCACUCAGAAAGAUUCAGGUCUGAGCGUCACUCAUUGAUGUAUUCCAACCUCUAGGGGGGAGUUAUUGGUGUACAGAGGAAGGGGCAGAUAUGUCACAUCAGAAAAUCCAAAGAACUAAUUCACCAAGCAAUAGGCAUUCUCCAUCAAUGGGCACCUAGAACUGAGAACACCCUGUUUAUCCUAGUUGCACUAGCCUACCACCAGUAAUCUUACUCUAUCAUAUUAAAUACAGAGAAACAUUAAUAUGCAUUAAUUCUCAAUGAAGUACUGAAAUAUAACAAAUGACAAAUGGAGAAUAUUUUUAAAAUUUAAGUAUUUAAAUGACAUUAAGAAGCCAUAGCACUUUUGUAAAUAUCCACCCACCACCGAGUUAAAAGCCUCCAUCAUGGUGCCACACAACGUCCUCCAACAGUCUGCUGAAUCCUGGCACGAAAGGUUCACUGACAGUUAUACCGGUGAAAAACUGGACUGUAUUUAUUGCCUUGUUCUGUUACUGAAAAUUUGUAGAAGUUCCAGUGUUAGAACUACAGUUAAGUGUAAGACAUCCUGAGCGAAAGACUUAAACCUUUGAAUCCCAAGGAACCUCAUGUGGUUGUUCAAUUUGAACAGUUUGCCUCGAGUGCCCAUGCCAAAGCUGAAGUGAGCAGGUUGACCUCUUCCAAUCAGUUCCAUGGUUUCCUGGCCCAGCUGUUAAAAGUUUUUUGUUCUAAAUAAAUUUCCAGUGCCUUAUUACAGCCUUCAAA